CGGCGAGAAGAUUGAUUUUCUUUUUAUAUCCAUGAGGCAGACAGUGCACAUAGUAAUAAAUUGUUAUUAAUGUGCCCCAAAAAGAUGGUUUUUACGGUACCAAUCACGUGAUAUGUUUUCAUAUCUGCUCCAUACUCUUUUCCCUUUUCGCUACAUGGCCUUAUACACUAGCACCCAAUCAUGCAAAUACCGCGUCAUCGGAUAUUAGAUCUUGUUAAGACACAAUGUCGCAUAUUCUCCCAGAAUUUUAAUCCCGAGAGACUCCGCUUAGGAAACAAGAUCCUGAGGCAAAGAUUGCGAGGACCGGCACUUGCAGCAUGGUAUCCCAGGAAGACGGUCUCUUUUCGAGAUCUGCAGGAUACAUAUCGGCCACUUGGUUUAACCAUGUUUGAUGAGGCCGAGGACGAUAGAGAAGAAGCCAUUCAGAUUGCGAAAUCUCGAGGAAAGGGCAGACCAAAGAAAAAGAGAACAGCGGCAGAGUCCCGAACAGCAAAGAAGAAGAAGUAGCGUAUCUCCCAUAUAUCUCUAUCAACUGCAUCCAUAAAGUCUGGCUUAACUAUGAUCCUCGAAAUUUAGUAACUCGAUGUAACUAUGUAAUGCAGAAUACGGAGUAGAAUACUACUCUGUACAGUACUUUAACUAGUAUAUCACGUGAUAAGGCGGUGGCUGCUUAUCUCCACCCAUGUAAUAUUAAUGAACAGUUUGAGCAUUAUUUCCACUGCACAUACUGG